AUGCAGCCGCUGCCGUUUGAGAAGGCGAUCCUGCGCAGAUUCGUGCCGACGUGGCAGGAGCUGGUAUGCCAACACAUCGUCCAGGGCGUGCUGACGCGCGCCGACUUGUGUAUCGAGAAAUGCCGUAAGCGACGCGCGAAGUUGGCGGGGCACCGCAAAGGUGUCACCAACGCCCUGCUCAUCCUCUCGCCGGGCACCGACUGCAGCAGGCUGCUCUUCUACCUGCUGCUGUACGUCCUCAACCCGCUCCACGUCUACGACAGCGAUGCGUACGAGUGCCGCGUGGAGGUCUCGUCCGACCUUCCACGCCGGGCGCCCCAGCUGUGCCUCCAAAACGCCGAGUUGGCGCUGCGCUCCCGGAAGGUGUACCACGGCAUCUUCGAUCUGGCCUCGGGCGACGGCUGUGACUCCGCUGACGCCAAGGGGGCGAUACUGCCGCAUGUGUUCCACAACCUGAAGCUGCGGAGUGCCGUUGAGGUCGGCAACAGGCUCAUCCUGGUGCUGGGCCUCGGGCACCAGGAGGCGGUGUCGACGGCGAGGCACUUCGCACACCUCGUCAGGGGGCUCUGCCACAGCAGCUCGGAAACUCCGGACAACACGUGCGUGAAAAUCCCGCAGCCGAGGUUCAUCGACGGCUCCGUGGUCGCCCAAGAGAGGGAGAAGAUGUACAUCGAGGGCGGCAUCUUCGGGCUGCCGCCGCGCAUCCUCCUGGUGGACCUGCUGACUGCGAAGCUGGCGCCUGAGCUCGUCAGCGGGAUCGUCAUCGUGAACGCGCACCGCAUGAUGCAGGACUACAACAUACCGUUUUUGAUAAAGCUGCUGAGGACGAGGAACCGGGUGGCCUUCAUCAAGGCCGUGACCGACAACGUGGUGUCCGUGCGCGAGGGCAGGAAGCUGAGCUUCAUCCUGAAGUCGCUCUUCACCGCCGACUGCUUCAUCUUCCCGAGGUGCAGCAGCUGCUACGACCGGGUGCUCAACGACCCCAGCGUGCAGCCGGAGACGUUCGAGAUCAGCAUGCCCCUCAGCGACGGCGCGAAGCAGAUCCACCAGGCGAUCGUGCAGGUGCUGCAGCGCCUGGUGGCGGACAUGCAGCGUCAGGGCUCGCAGGAACUGCAGAAGCUGGACAUGAACACCAUCAUGUACACCAACAACGUGAAGGCGCUGCUGGUGAACGCGCUCCAGCGGGCGCACAUCCCCAACGAGUACCACCUCAAGCGCACGAUGAUGAGCGUCACCAACCUCCGCAUGCUGCUGGACCAGCUGAUCAACAUGGACGCGCUCAGCUUUUUGAAUUUCGCGGAGGACAUGAAGGCGGCGGAGAGCGAGUCGCAUUGGCUGUGGACCCCCCUGGGCGCCACCAUAUACCGACUCGCCACCGCGCGUGUCUACGAGGCCAGCAACGACACCGGCGCCGGGCUGAAGGUCAACAUGGAGCUGGACCAGAAGGGUGAGUGCAUACGCCGGAUCCUCGGCGACAAGUACGUGGGGUGCAAGGAGCUGGGCGAGCUGCUGCGCACUGCCAUGAACUGGCACUCCUCCAACCGGCCGUUCAGGGGGCCGUCAAGGUACAGGAUCACGCCACCGCGAGUGAACCUGUCCCUCCACCGGCGGCGGCGUGGCCUGUGUCGGCGCGAGGCGAGGCACCUGAGGCGAAUAUGCCGUUUCUUCGAAUGCGGCGGCGUGAUCUCCAGGAGGGCUAUCGUGGUCACCGAUAACAACUUCCUGCAGUCGCACCUCACGUCGAGCCUGACAAUGUCCCUGAAAAUGUACAACGAGCAAAAGUUCAUGGUAUACGCCGCGAGACGCGCCGACCGGUUCGAAUACGCCGAGCAAGACGAGCGGAAGUUCUCCGGCUACGCGCAGGCGCACUUCCACCGCAGCAUGGUGAACAGCCGGAAGGAGACCGACAAGCUGCUGCAUCGGUUUGUGGUGUGGUCGAAGUACAACGAAAUCUACCAAGCGCACAAGGACCGCGCAGGUGAAGGCAGCCCAGCCAAUAAAAAGGGCGGAAUCGAAGACUCCGGUGACUAUGCUGAAGGCGAGUGCACGAUGGAUGCUACCGACACCUAUGAAGGAAUGGAGGAGGCUACUGACGAUUUCGCGUCAGCGGAUGUCGAAUUCGACAACCCGAUCACCGUGGAUGCUGCUGAUAUGGGUUCCUCCGCGGAAAGCGCUGACUCCGAUUCAGACAUGAGGGCUGGGCCAAAGCCGUCCAGCGGCUUCACCAUCCCCGCGGCGGAGAACCUCUGCAUGCUGACCAUCAACAUCAGCAAAAUGCUGAACUGCAAGGCCAGGGUCGUGAACGUAUCGCAAUCGCUAACCAGGAGUGAACAGCUCAAGGGCAUAAUGGAGCGGAAGCUGCAGGCUGACGAGGCCGACGAGCCCGUGCCACUCAACUGCUCGCACCAGGAGUUCCUGUACGUGCUACAACGGCUCAACCCCACCGUCGUGGUGGUUUGCCGCCCCAACAUAAAGGUGUUUCGCGUGAUCGAGCAGCACUGUGCGCUCAUGGCCGCUGCGGGGCAGCGGGUGUGCCUCAGGGUCCACGUGCUGUCGUACCGCGACUGCAUCGAGUCGCACAAGUUCGCGCGCGACCUCAAGCACGAGCUGGGCUGCUGGAAGGACAUACAGCAGGAGCUGAAAACUCUGCAGGUGACCUUCGAUGAGAGUGUGCUGCUCAGCAACGUGAACGGGCCCCCGCAGCUGGCGGUGCCAGAGAAGCUCGCAGUAUCGCAGUCACCGGUGACCACACCGUCGCCGCUGAACACGCCCGAAAAGGCACAGGCGCUGGUGCCAGUAACAGCCCAGGCCACUGGGGGAGUGGACAACAGCGACGCCACGAAGCUCGCGAUCGCAACAACGCAGACCUCCGCCCUACUCGCGGAUAUGCUGCAACCUCCAAUACAAAACGCCAGACCGGCUGCGCAGGUGGUGAUCGACAUGCGCGAGUUCAACAGCAAGCUGCCGUUCCACCUGUACUACAAAGGGGUGCAACUGCAGCCGAUGAUGUUGGAGAUGGGCGACUACCUGCUCACGAGGGACAUUUGCGUCGAACGCAAAAGCCUCAGCGACCUCGUCACCUCCCUGGGGUCGGGGAGGCUUGCGCAACAGGCCGAGGAGCUGUGCAGCGUAUACGACUUGCCGUUCCUCCUGCUGGAGUUCGACGAUGCCGAGUCGUUCCACCUCUCUCCCUGCAACGAUCAGUCCACGGGAAUCAACUACAUAUACUCCAAGCUGUGCAUACUGUGCUGCAACUACCCCAAGCUCAGGCUCAUCUGGAGCCAGAGCCCGGAGAGUUCCGCCGCCAUCUUCGUUGCCCUGAAAAGGGGCCGCGGAGAACCCGAUGCCGCGGCAAACAGCAUGCUGAUAUCGCAGGCGCGUUGUGGGACCAAGGGGGGUGAUGGAUCGGGCCAGGCCAUCGUCGAACGCCGGAGACCGGAAGACGUCAACAACAGGGACGCGCUCCGCAUCCUCCGCAAGAUACCCGGCGUCACCAGCUACAAUGUCUCCGAGAUCCUGUCGAGGGUGACGUCACUGAGGCACCUCAGCGAGAUGGAGGAGGCGGACCUGUGCCAGUUCCUUCCAGAGGCCAACGCCCACGCCAUAUACAACUUCUUCAACCAAAGACUCAGGUGA